UUCCUCCGGAUAUGGUGCAGGAAGCCGUGGCUCAUAUCCAAACGGCCCCCUGAUCGCGAGCUAACUGCUGUCAUGGUUUCUCUGAAGCGGGAAAGAGAGGCUGAAGUGGAUGAUGAUGACAACGAAGACGGAGUUGCAGCCAAAAUAUGCCGAGGACGUGUAGUGGAAGACCGAAGAAGCCGACACUGUCCUUACCUCGACACCAUAAACAGGAGUGUGCUGGACUUUGACUUUGAGAAACUCUGCUCCAUCUCUCUUUCGCACAUCAAUGUCUACGCCUGCCUUAUAUGUGGGAAAUACUUUCAAGGUAGAGGUCUGAAGUCCCAUGCUUACACUCACAGUGUGCAGUUUACCCAUCAUGUGUUCCUGAAUCUGCACACACUCAAGUUUUACUGUCUGCCAGACAACUAUGAGAUCAUUGACUCUUCACUAGAAGACAUCACGUAUGUGUUGAAGCCAACUUUCACCAAGCAGCAUAUAGCAGGGCUGGACAAGCAGGGUAAACUGUACCGAGCCUACGAUGGUACGACCUACCUGCCAGGCAUCGUAGGGCUCAACAACAUCAAAGCCAAUGACUACGCCAAUGUGGUGUUACAGGCGUUUUCCAAUGUUCCGCCUUUGCGAAACUACUUCCUGGAGGAGGAAAACUACAGGGGAAUCCGCAGACCACCGGGAGACAUCAUGUUCCUCUUGGUGCAGAGGUUUGGUGAGCUGAUGCGUAAACUUUGGAAUCCGAGAAACUUCAAGGCCCAUGUUUCUCCCCAUGAGAUGCUGCAGGCAGUGGUGCUGUGCAGCAAGAAGAACUUCCAAAUUACCAAGCAAGGAGAUGCUGUGGACUUCAUGACGUGGUUCUUGAAUGCCCUGCAUGGUGCUCUUGGAGGCACAAAGAAAAAACCUUCAAUCAUUACAAAAGCAUUUCAAGGCUCCAUGCGGAUCUUCUCCAAGAAACUUCCACAUCCAGAUUUACUACCAGAAGAGAAAGAGGCAUUGCUUGUGACAGAGGAGUACCAGGAGCAGAUGUCUGAGUCUACCUUCCUGUUUCUGACCCUUGACCUCCCAACAGCGCCACUGUACAAGGAUGAAAAGGAGCAGCUUAUUAUCCCGCAGGUCCCUCUCUUCAACAUCCUGGGCAAGUUCAAUGGCAACACAGAGAAGGAAUACAAAACCUACAAAGAGAAUUUUCUCAAAAGGUUCCAGCUGACCAAACUGCCCCCGUACCUCGUCUUCUGCAUCAAAAGAUUCACCAAGAACAACUUCUUUGUAGAAAAGAACCCCACAAUUGUCAACUUCCCUAUCACGAAUGUAGACCUUCGUGAGUACCUCACAGAAGAAGCUCAAGCUACAGAGAAGAACACAACGUAUGACCUUGUCGCCAAUGUAGUGCAUGAUGGGAAACCCACUGAGGGAGCUUACAGAAUACAUGUUCUGCAUCAUGGAACUGGAAAGUGGUAUGAGAUGCAGGACCUGCAGGUGACUGAUAUUCUUCCCCAGAUGAUUACACUGUCGGAAGCCUACAUCCAGAUCUGGAAGAGACAAGAGAGUGACAGUGACACAAACAACCACACAGGGGUGUAAGCGAGGCAGGAUUUUUUCCUCAGUGUGAAUGGCCAGAAACGUGGUCACCAUUUUGGAAAUGAACUGGAUAUUUAAGUGAUUGGAAAUAACAGAAUAUAGAAUGAGAGUGGCGUAAGAGCAUCAGGACUAAUGGCCACAAAAAGAGUCUUUUUUUUUUUUUUCUCCAGUGUUUUAUCUUUACUAUGUGGAUGUUUCUAAAUAAACGAGCUCCAGGACA